CGAGCUUCCUGAACGAGGUCAUCUCUCGGUACUCGGCAAGAUUUUGACGUGGUUUACUUUGAGAGAGCAGUCGCGGUGCGCCCUUUCAUGGAUCGCAAGAGUCGCCGGUUCGAGCUUGUGCCUAUGAGGAACGUGAAUCGCUGAAGGAUGAUGGGAGACGACCCACCGUACCUCUCAGUAGGUACGGAGGUGAGUGCCAAGUACAAGGGUGCUUUCUGCGAAGCGAAAAUCCGAAAGGUGGUACGAUCGGUGAAAUGCCGUGUAACUUAUAAACAAGGCCUGGGCACAGCCACAGUGACGGACGAGCAGAUUAAGGGUACUCUAAGAGUAGGUGCUUCGGUCGAGGCUAAACACGGCGAGCGAAAGGAUUUUGUCGAGGCUACGAUAACGAAGAUCCAAGAUUGCAGUCAGUAUACCGUAGUUUUUGACGAUGGUGAUAUAACAACGCUCAGAAGGACCGCUCUCUGUUUGAAGAGCGGCCGACACUUCGCGGAGAGCGAGACUUUAGAUCAGCUGCCGUUGACCCAUCCGGAGCACUUUGGAAACCCCGUCAUCGGAGGGCGACGAGGACGACGAUCGAGACAGGCACACGAUGACAGCAGCGAAGACGAGGAUAGCCCGUCACGCGGUGGACGAGAUUCCGGUUCGGGUUUGGGAGGAAAGGAAGGUAUCGAGACCGAGCCAGAGAUCGGCAGGGUCGUCUGCGUAGAACUCGGAGAUAAGAAAAAGAAGGACAACUGGUUUCCGGGAUUGGUGGUUGCACCCACGGCUCAGGAUACCGUCAGGAUUCGGGUUCGCGACGACUACUUGGUGCGCUCAUUUAAAGACGCAAGAUAUUACACCGUGCCAAAGAAGGAGGCUACCGAGUUUACGAAGGAGUUGGUGAACAAAGUGGAAAACAGCGCCCUCAAGGUGGCCGUCGAGAAAGCAUUGUUAUUUCUGGAGAAGAAUGAGCUGCCACCCCACUGGGACAGGGAUUCGCUUUUCGGCAAUGCCUUAUCGAGCGGUAACAGCGAAACGGACGGAGAGCUAGACUCCGACAGUUCCGAUGACGAGCCGCGAGAGGAAAAGGAUCACUUCGUGGCCCAGCUCUACAAGUUCAUGGACGAUCGGGGGACGCCGAUCAACAAUUGCCCGAUGAUAGGCUCCGAAGACAUAGAUCUCUACAGACUGUUUCGCGCCGUGUACAAGUUGGGGGGCUACAACCGAGUGACCAACCAGAAUCAGUGGAAGUCGAUUACGCGUCGGCUGAGCCUGUCUAUGCAGAGCGCCUCCUCCACCCACAAUCUCGUUAAACAGGCCUACAAGAAGUUCCUGCACUCCUUCGAGGAUUUCUACAGAAAACUGGGAUGCACGAUGGUGAACCACCCGAGGAGCGGAACGCGCAAACCGCGUCCUGGUAGGAGUCUGAUAAGAGACAAGGAUCGAAACACGCCGGUACCGCCGCAAGUUGCACCGGUCAAGAUGGAGAAGGAGGAGGAGGAACGACGGCCGGUCGAGGAGGAGAAGAAGGAGCGGAAAGAGGUGGUGAAGAAGGAGCUGCCCGUCAAGGAGGAGGAGACUCCGAAGCCGAGGAGGAAGGACGACUUCGAGGAGAGCGCCAGUGGACAGGAGAGCGACGUCAACGUCGAGGGCGAGGGCGAGUCGUCGAGUAGCGAGAAGUCUCAGAAGACCUCGGCGCAGUCGGCCCCGGUCGCCGGCAAGGCCAGGCUCAAGGGCAAGGAGGAGCCGCGAAAGAAGCCCCCCGAGAAGAAGAAGAGCGAGCCGAAGAAGACGGAACGGAGGGAGGAGAGGCCCAAGGAGGAAGAUUCGACGAAGACCAGGUCGAAGUCGAAGGACGACACGAGCAAGUCGACGGCGAGGACGUCGGGCACGGAGGCACGCGAUGCCCGAGCUCUGUCGAGGGAGCCCGAGAGGAGGACCCCGGCCAAGCAGAGACGACUCACGGACGAAGAGCUGAAGAGACAACGGGGAAGGAAGCGCAAAGAGAACGAGACGGAGAAGACGAAGGGCGCGGAGGAGCCGGCGGCGGAGGCGGCGCCCUGUUACAGGGGCCCCGUUGAGCUGGGCGAUAGGUUGAAGGUCUACUACGGGCCCACGCACGAGUCCAAGGUGACCUACGAGGCGAAGGUCAUCGACAUGGAGAAGGACGGCUCGGAGCCGGUCUACCUGGUCCACUACACCGGAUGGAACACCAGGUACGACGAGUGGAUCAAGGGCUCGCGGAUCGCGCAGAACUUCACACAGGCGCAGGGCAGGGCGAAGCGCACCAAGGCAGCGGCUCCACGGCCUCAGACCCCAGGCUCGCUGCUCCCGAGCGGUUCCUCGUCCUCGUCCUCGUCCUCGUCUUCGUCCAAGUCGUCGAGGACGGCGACGGUGACGACGACGACGAUGUCGGCGGUGCCGUCAACGGCGACCACGGGUGCAACGGUAGCCGCCGCAAACCCUCCGCAGGGUCGACGGCGAGCCCAGAGCGUCGCGCCCCCGGUGUCACCGUCGGCCUCGCCGUCGACCUCGGCCGAGAAGAGGGAUACUAGGAAGGAGGAGAGGGAGCCGGCCAGGUCGACGACGCCGUUGUCGGUCGUGAGCGGCAGCUCCAGGACGAAGAGCCCUGCAACGCCCGCGAGCAGCCGCCAGGGGAGAGCGACCCGGCAAGCGGACGCUCUCGGGCUUGACCCGCGGCGACGGACCCGGAGGACGUCGGGCCACACCGACGCGUCGAUUGCGUCCGCGAGCGAAGACAGCGAGGCCUACGAGUCCGACGUGGCCGAGCCGGAGCAAGCCAGGACGAGGGCCAGGGCCCCCGACGAGAGGAAACGACGGGAAACUCGGCGCCGGGCCGAGGACCGCAUCGAACCGCCGGAAGAGCUGAGCGAGGCCGAGGAGGACAAGGACGGACCCGGGGAACCUCGGCGAGGGCGCCGUCGGCCCAGAAGGGCCCCGGGGAAGGUGCAGGACGUCAAGUCGGAGCCGGAGACCGACGAGGAGCAGCCCAAAGGUCGGGACUUCGACUUGAACCAGAUCAGGUCCGAGCUGAAGGGUUUCGACAAGGCGGUGAAACUGGAGCUGGUCAGGGUCGAACCGGGCCCGGACGAGGAGCCGCCGCGCCAAGCCGAGGCGGAGGGCGUCGCCGCCUCCCCCAGGCUGUCGGAGCCUCCCAAAGUCGAGGGCCCCCCGGAGGUAGGUCAGGAGAGCACGGAGGACGUGUACGAGUUCAAGGAACCCGAGCCCUUCGAGUUCGAGGUGAGAAGCAAGCGGGACUCUGGCGGGGACCGGGACAAGGACCGGGACAAGGAGAAGGUGAAGAAGAGGAUAUUCGAGCCCGACGAGCCCAGAAGCCCCAAGAAGAGGCCCAGGGCGACGCCCGUGGCGCAGCCCAAGGAGACAAAAUCGGAGCCCGAGAUCGACUCGAGGAAAAAACCGAGGAGGUCCUUCGGAAAGAGGAUGGACGAACCCGCCGAGGCGCCCCCCUCGGCGAAGGCCACUCCGCCGCCACCACCCUCGCCCUGCGAGGAGGCCUUCGACAGGCUCUGCGAGUCGCCCUCUUCGUCCAAGCCUAGGUCCUCGCUCACAGUCGAGGAGGCUGGAAAGGUGGCCAGCAGCUUGGACUUGUUGUUCAGCGACCUGCCCGGCGACGAGGACGGCGCCCCGGACGACCCCGAGGACCGGCUGAUCAUAUCCGAGGCGGAAGUCUCCGAGGCUGAGCAGGAGAAUCUAUUCACGUAUCACCAGGAGAUCUUCCCGUCGACCGACGUACCGGACACAAUGGAAUUCAGCAAGGAGGAGGCCAAGACUCAGGUGGAGGUUGCAAAGGGAGAACCGGGGGGUGGUGCCAACGCUAGUCGGGUCGUCGUGCCCCCGGAGAGGAAACAGACCGCGAAGACUCCGGUGAUGCCUCCCAAACAGUCCCCGGCGGAGCCAAAAGUACCGGACGUCAGGACUCUCGACGUAAACCCCGUAAUCGCAGCGGUCGUGCCCGUCCCGGCGCCGAUAAGUGCCAGGUUGCCGGCGACCUCGACCAUCGAGGAGAAGCUAUCGGCCGCUGCGAUGGCUUUCAGGAACAAGACGAAGGAGGUGAAGAAGCAGGAGGAGAUAGCCGACAUCCUGAGGAAGUCCAUCAAGGAGACGACCAAGAAGGUGGAGCCCUCGGUGCCGGCGAAGAAGACGAAGGAGGAGACCAGGUCGCGGCCGGAGCCCGAGACUCAGAAAACUCAGGACGAGGAGGCGACGAGGGUGGAGGAGGAGCGUCGCGAGGUGAUGCGCGCCGUCAUCAAGCAGAAGGAGGAGGAACUGCAACAACUAAAGCUGAAGAAGGAGGUCGAGCUGAGGAAGGCGGCCGAGGCGAAGACCGCGGCCGAGCAGAGGAAAGCCCAGGAGAAGGCGGACGAGGAGGUGGUGAAGAUCGAGGUGCAAGAGAGGAGGAAGGAAGAGGGCCAACGCGAGGCCGAGCCUAGGGAGGUCGAGAAAGAGAAGCGGAAGAAGAUGAUCAGCAUUGAGUUCGGGGACUCCACGGACAGCAGUGACUCGGAGCAAAGACUGGUCAUCGACAAUGGCGAGCUGGCCGACGAGAAGAGCGCCGCGCCCACCUUCGAGGACGGCAUCAAAUCGGAGUUCGAGAGGUUUCAGGAAGAACAGGAGAAGUCUUCGAAGCUCCAGACUCAGAGGGAGACCCGAAUGGCGGUGCCGGGCAAGUCGACCUCGGUAGUUCCCGCCGCCAAGGCCGACGAGGAAGGCGAGAACAUGAGUUCUCUGCUCUGCGAGGAGGAGAUCCCCGGCUCUCCGGCGCCCCCCGCGGAGAUCGCCGACCGUGACAGCGUCGACGCGUCUCAGGUAAUACCGAAAGUGGAAACCUCCGAAGCUAACAUUGCCCUUUUAGAGAUGCCGUUCGCCAGCGCUCCGACCUCCAGCCAGAGCAGUACCGUGAGCGGUACUUCGGUGCACGUCACGACCCACGGUACCGCGCACGCGGCAGGACAUGGUACGGGACAUGGUCCAGGCCACAGUGUGGGACAUGGUGCAUCCCACAGUGCAUCACACGGCGCGACACACGGUACGACCCAUUCCAUGACUUUACCCAAGCCGGGAGAUCCCGUCGCGCUUCCAGCUCCGACGCAACAGAACGUCCCCUUGGGGGUGAAACAGCAACAGCAUCAACAACAGCAUCAACAGCAUCAACAGCAUCAGCAGCAGCAUCAACAGCAUCAACAGCACCAACAGCACCAACAGCAUCAACAGCAUCAACAGCACCAACAACAUCAGCACCAUCCGCCACAUCAACACCCGCCCUUGCAGCCGGUGCUCGCCCCGACGCCCCCGCAACGCAGAGAAAGCAACGAGGCCGCUCCCGUGAUGGACAACACCCCGCCAACGACGCCGGACUCGAGCAUCUCCAACAUCUCCGGCUCGCCCAGGGAGGAGAGGAAUGGUGGAUCCUCCCCGAUGUCGGAGGACCAUUCCAAGUCGGCCCGAGAUAGCUCCGAGGCGGACAACGACAGCGCCGGAAAGGGCCCCGGCUUCAGCGAGGACGACACCCUGCCCAAUUCCGAGGGGAACGCCGUCGACCGGCUCCCAAAGCCGCCCCUGAAGAGGACGGCCGAGGACUCGCAGUCCCCGAAAAAGCGAAAGAGGAGCAGGAAGCACUCGGAGGGCGGACCCAACGUGAAUGGAAAGAAAGCUGGUCGACAUGCAGGGAAGAACUCCCGACACGGCGCUGCCAGCGACAGCGACGACACCAGCGAGGGUUCCAAUCUGUGCGGAGCGAAUACCGCGGGAUCGACACACAACACCCUGGCCUCCGGCCCCGAGAUCAAUAGCUACUCCUCCAGGUCGCCCAGACCGACCAAGUACAACUUCUUCGUGGAGCUCGAUCCGGAGCUGGACGGGAGCCAGAGGAUAGCCGUGCUGCAGCAGAAACUGUCCGAGCUGCGGAAGACGUACAACGCCGUUAAGGUGGAACUCGCCGGCAUCGAGAGGCGCCGGAAGAAGCUGCGCAGGAGAGAGCGAGAAGCCAUGAAAGCGGCCAAGGCCGAGAUGCAGCAGGCGUGCUCGUGAUAGGGUCGCUCGCUCGCGCGUUGACGAACCCUCGGCGAGGCUCGGAGACGCCCUAAGAGUCUGGACGGCCCCUAAAAGAGAGAGAGGCGAGAGAGAAUGAACGAGAGAGGGCGGAAAGAGAGUUAGAAAACGGCGGCACGAUCCCGGGCACCCUGCAAUCGUCCCUAGCCUCGCGAAACGUUUCUCUGUCUGGCGGGCACCCGUAGGUAGUUCUACAUAACACCAGUCUUUGUAUAUAGUAGCUUUAAGGUCUGCGCGACCCGGGGAGGGACGCCGACGACCGGAGCGCCUUCCCCGUCGCGUUUUCGCACUUUCGUGGCAAUUGAUCGCCCAUCAGUGGUACAGGGGUAUCGGGGCCGAUUGCCCUUCGUCGUGGCCGUGAACAAAAGUCCUGACCUUACGAAAUUGCGAAGUUACAGGGCCUACUGCUCUGCAGCGAUGCCAGCGCUGCGGGGGGUCCUCGAAGUCCGGCUGGGAUGAUGCACAGUCAGACGCAAGGGUUCCUGUAUGGCACCCUAAUUCGUUUGGUGGAGGAGACUCGCUUUUCACGGCAAUCGACACCGUUCUUCGUUUCUUACUCCACCGAGGGUCGUGUCUGAUUACUCAUUUUUUUUUUCCAGUUCCUAUUCAAGUCUCGCUGAAUUCAUGGAUUCUUGUUCUUUCGUUUCGACCCUUCGGUAGGAGGGUGUCGUAAUUGGGGGGAUCGUAGACGUGUCGCUGCUUAAAUAUGUGGUAGGAUUAGAGAAACGCGAUAACGCGCUAGCCUAGCAUAUUGGUACCGGUGAAAGAAAUUAAUGUAGUCGUAGUUACGUGUCGGAUGAUGGUACACACCUGCCGAAGGGAAAGUAAAUUCGUAAUCGAUAGCCUCGUAUACUGGGAGCGGUGGGAAAUGAUUUCCCGAUGAUUCGGCCAUCGGUGGAAUUACUCUACUUGUAUUAUAGUUUAAUUGUCUGCGGGACUGUCGGUAAAUGCAAGAGGUAAGAGAUAGGAGGUUAUCGCGAAAAGUACCUCCGCCAAACGAGCGCGGCAACGCAUGGGGACUUUAACUUUGGGACUUCAAUUAUCGUACCUGUUCUUUACCCCUGUACCUGUCGAAUCGGCAUGUGCGCGUAACGAGGGCAUACGUGCACGCUGAAGUAGAGAAAGCAAGAACAAGUGAGAGCGUUUUGAAAGCGAGCCAAUACACGGGUUAUGAUAUAACGGAUUUCCGGCACGCCUUCUCGUUACGCACUCUUUGUUAUUCCACCCUCGUUUAUAAUUUAACCCUUUGAUUAAGGAGCACGGUUGGAAGAGGACUUUCAUUUUAUAGCAAUCCGUUAGAGAGAGGCGGAGGAAGUGCAUUCAAUGUUUCUCUGCUAGAAGGAUAGAAAUGGUCGUGGCCACAUUUUCCCCUAAGUGCUCUUUUAACGUGUUACCGAUCAGGGACUCUAAAGGGUGCGUCACGUAGAUUUGUAAAUCCGAUUUGAUUUUAAUAUCAGUGCAUUUCCCGCUGCCCGCCGAGUGUAUCAUAAUGCCUGUAUUGCGUGUACAUACAUUUGUAUAUAUUUAUACAUACAUAUAUAUAUAUAAUAUUAGAGGAAUGGUUGCAUUGUCGUACGCGGAUCCACCGGGCGCACUGACACCGUCGGCAUUUUCCUUCGUGAUUGCACAACCUUGCCCAAAAGCAAAGUACAAAUUUUCACUGUCACGGCUUACCUGGAGGCCGUGGGGACGGGAAUUCCCGCGAUUGCGAUCGGCAACCUAGGUGUAAAUGGAAAAGGGGCGAAGAGGAAAAUUAAAUAGUGUAUCUUGUGUCCAACGGGCUAGGCAAGUCCGUACGAUUUUAUUUAUUCGGCCCUCUGGAGCGCGACGCGAUCGAGGCGUACUAUCGGCGCUCCUAGAGUAUGGAUAUUGUACAUAAAAUAUGUCGAAGGCAAUGCGAGCAUUUUGACGCCCCGCGAAAUCUCAUUUUACUUUAAUAACUACGCUUGACCAAAUCCGUUGUUCACUCGCGUAGGAAUUAAAUUCGACGUGCGCUCGCGGAGUAAUCGUUACCUACUGCGGUACUGGUACGCUACAAUGGAAUUAUUCUCCCAUUGAUAGAUGUUAUAUUACAUAAAUAUAUAUAAAUAUAAAUAUAAAUAUAAAUAUAUAUAUACAUACGCAUAAAUAUAAUAUUAUUAGAAAGCUGUUUACGUUCUGUUCGUUGCGGUAUAUUUUCGUUCGGUACAGAUUUUAUUUAUUAAUCGCGUGGAGGAGGACCGCGUUUACAUAUGCGUAUGUAAUUUGUAAAUGAAGGUAUAUGUCAGACAUAUACGAAUUUGAAAAUAGAUACACAGGGAACACGAGCACUUUUUUACACCCUCCGAUCAGCGAACGAUACCGUCACCUGGAUUCGCAUUGAUCUGGGUCCGACGACGUAAAGAAACUCGUAGUUUCGUAUGUAUCGCUAAAUUGGCAUUGAAAUUUCCACCGAGGAGUAACGAUGUACAUGCCCCCAGCAAUAUCGAGCAGGUUUCGUUAAGUGCGAUCUCGGCUUUCGGAUUAAUUAGAAUUAAAUUCUUCGCCCGGACGAAGGGAGGUCGACGGAUUCGCAGCGUUGAAAGAUAUCUUAAGGCGACGCGAAAGCGGCAUCCGAGGGGUCAAUUGUUUAUAAUACUUUCCUCCAAACUGAGUGUUCCGAAUCCUUUGAAAUUUUCCCAUGUGAAUGUAGAGACUCCGAGGAAGGUCCUGACACUCGUGAGAUUCCAUUAUUUAUGACAAGUAAAAAAUUGCUGAUAUAAAUGAAUUAAUACAAUUGAAUUUCAGGAGUGUCGGGACCUUCCUUAGGGCCUUCGGAUUCAUGGGGUGGAAUUUCAAAGCAUUCGGUACACUAGGUUUGAAGAAGAAAAAUAGGGGAAGAUCGAGACCCCUCGGAUGCCCCUUUCGCCCUAUCUUAAACAGGGAAGAGAAAAGUACCGGAGUAACAAUCAAAUCGCAUCGUCCAACGCAUUUGUCUCCUUCUUCCCUUAAAAGCUAUUUCGGUGUCGCAUUUCCUCCGAUCGCGUCCUUGCACUUGCAUUUUGACCGAACUUCUCUUGGGGACACCUCUAGGGUAAUUCUCGCGAGCCCCCCUACGAGGACGCGAUUGACAAUUGUAAAAAAAAAAAUCAAACGAUAUCCACGGCCGCACCUGGCACGCGGCGUCGGGCUUAAGGCGAAAGGGCGGAGUUUUAUACAGAUAUAUUGUAUAUAUUUUUUAUAAUUGCUGGACGGGGUGGACGCGCUUCGUCGUUGGCUCGACGCGAGGUCCUAUUUUCCGGGAUUCACGGUUUUCGCAAAUUAUGAACAAGGUCCUCGUAAGCUGGGACGUUAAUGCUCCGUCACCGAUCCGUGUCCUCGGUGACUACACUGAGAGGAAAAACUCGCUUUCUAGAAAAUAAGAAACUCUUGCGUCAAAUGGAUACCAAACUUACGGUAAAGGCUAGGCAUGGCUGCGCAUUCAUUUCAUCCGAAAGAGUAGACUUUCAGUAAUAUGUUCCGUACUUGAGACUAAUCUUCUGCGUAGAAUUCUUUUCCCGAUGUCACGUCCAUUCGAUAAUAAGCCUACCGCCAUUUUGGACGCAACGCCGGUAAUUCUUACAAAUUGCAUUUUACUGGAGGCAAGAAAUUUCUUUCGGAGAAAGAACAGAAAAGGGAAACAUCUCGAUGGUUGGAAAUAAUUAAUCCCCAGAAAGUCAUUGUUUUUCCCUCAGUGUGCGACGAUUGUUAAUGUAAAGUGUCAAUGUCGGCACUCGAAUUCGGAGGUCGUAACGAGAUUGUCGAUUUUUUUUUCUUUUUUCUUUUCAGACGAGAUUUUCAUCGGCGGUUUGCGCGAGAUUACACAUGUUAAUACGGUUAAUAAAAUGGUACUUUUCUCCAGGUGUGCGAUACACGGUGCUCGUUAAUUAAGUAUAAACGGCGAGUUUCCACUCGGUUCUCUAAGGUGAUUAGGGAAAAUCCAAGGAAAUUCAUUCUUUAACCGCUCCACUGUUUUAUAAUAACUUAAUGCGAGGAAUAAUUAGAUGAUGUCACGGAACACAGAAUCGCGAGUCUAUUUCUGAGGAUAUCUCACUUAACCCCGACCGAGUGUCGAAAAAUUAUUGGUACCUUUAUGUUAAAUUCGAGUCGCAAAAUACCAUUUUGUUUUCCUUCCGUUCCAAGUAAGCACUGUGUACCGCCACUGCGAAGCAUUGAAUAGGUUCUGUAAACCGUCGGUUCGUAACUUACAAUAUUUAUACGCUACAAAUUAUGCUAUUUUACUUGAGAUAAUGUAAGAUUUUAAUUUCGCAUAAAAGAUACCGUUCCACGUAACUUGUUAUUAAGGCAAGAAGUAGUACUUAACCGAGUCGGUAGAUACAAUCUCUUCUUUCGGUACCAGGUACUAACCAGGUACUAACAAAAUCCUCCGUUCCUUUUUUUUUUUCUUUUUCUUACAUUAUCUCGAGUAUUUUUCUUGCGUCCAAUAAUUACACGUAUUAGGUCGAGACAGGAGAGACAUUGAAACGUUACAUGGACAAUUUCCCCAACCCAGCGAACAACGUUUAAUCUAAUCAAAUCGCAAUUUCGUACUUCAACGUCGAAGCGUAAUUUACGCAGGUACCCGCAAUAAAAAGGGAAAAUCAGUAGCCGUAGAACAGUGUCCAUUAACCCGAACGUCUAAGUGACCUCUAUGGAUCCAUUGUGCGUCCCUGCUUGAAGAUAUUCCAAGGAGAGAGAAAAAGGAAAAACCGACGAGUAGCUAUCAUUUUCUACAGCGUUUUUGGUACUACCAUGUAUUUAAACCUCGACGGGAUUCCUUUCAAGCAGGGACCGUUUCAAGUACCGUAAUAAGUGUACGUCUCUGUGAGUGUAUAUAGAAGAUACCGUGCAAUGAAGUGUCCGUAUGACGACCGACACGAAAAAUUAAAAGUGCAUCCGGAACGGGGAAACGUACCAGGGACCUUAUUCUCGAAUUCAUACAAUCAGCAUUCGCCCAAGAAAUUGACACUUUCGUCCACGAGUUUAAAACGUCGAUCAAUGACGCGACUUUGUAACAAUUCGAAAAUUUUCACGCGUAUCUUCGUACGCGAAGAAAAAAUCAGUAUCAACUCGAGGAUCGAGUCCCAGGGGACGUAAAAGGUCUCGAAAGUGCAUCUCAAAACGCGAAAUCGCGAGCUCGGCGUCGAGCGACAACGGCAGAGCUCGGAGCUGUCAAAAUCAGCUGAUCGCCCUGGAAGAGCCCACGUCCGCCUUCCCCGCCGUACCCGAGGAACAGAGUUAGACGUAGUCAGCGAGAACUUUAAUUGUCACUGAUCAGUAAAUAUUCUACAUACACAUUCAAUUGUCUUAGCAGAUAUACAGUUAUGUAAUAAACGAUGCCACGAUAUCAAUCUUGUA